CGGAGACCUCGCCCGAGUGGCGUCAGAGGAGUGGCGGGUAGCAAGGGCGGAGGGGGUAUAAAUCUGCGGGGAGCGGCGUUUCCUCUACUGCCCCGUUGGAGUGCGUUGUUCGGGUUGUUUCCGUUCUCGGAGAAAGAAGCUGAAAGGAACGAAUAUCCAAAAUGGGUGUCGAAGGCGGUAUGAAAUGUAUUAAAUUCCUUGUUUUCUUCUUCAACUUCUUAUUUUGGCUCUGUGGCAUUGCUCUGAUUGUCCUGGGGAUAUAUGUACAGAUUGAGCUCAACAAGACACUGGUGAUGACCAGUCCUGCCUCUGCUUCCGGUGCCCCCAUCGUCAUCUUGGUUGUGGGCGUUAUAGUCUUCUUCAUCUCCUUCUUUGGUUGCUGUGGUGCAAUGAAAGAGAACUAUUGCAUGGUUACAACGUUUGCUGUCCUGCUGACAAUCAUCUUCCUGGUGGAGAUUGCAGCUGCCAUUGCUGGUUACAUCUUCAAGGACAAGAUCAAAUCCGUGAUUGAUAAGGAAGUUAGGGAAGAAAUGUUGCACUACCGAAACGAUUCAAAGGUUGCUGCUACUUUGGAUGACCUGCAGAAGCAUAGUAACUGCUGUGGAGCCGCUAAUUACACCGACUGGUUUGCUGUCCCUGGGUUUUCCCCCAGAAGUGUGCCUCAGUCGUGCUGCAAGAAUAACACCACUUGCACAAAGAACCCAAACAAUGACAACACCUAUACCGAGGGCUGUGUGACGAAAAUAGAGGACUGGCUGAGGAAGCACAUCAUAAUUGUGGCUGCAGUGGCGCUGGGCAUUGCCUUCUUUGAGCUCCUGGGCAUCAUCUUUGCUUGCUGCCUCAUGAAAGGAAUUCGCAGUGGCUAUGAGGUUAUGUAGCCACCUCUCUUCCUGCACAUCUGGUUACUGCUAUGGCAAUUGUAAAGUUUGGAAUAUUUGUCUGCUCUUCUGGGGAUGAUGCAACUGACCAUCGCAUGCCAAUGGAACAGGGCCAGGUGGAUUUCUCCACUUUUUGUUGUGUUUUCUGAAAAUAUACUCUGCCCUCAAAGGAUUCACAUGUUGCCUUAUCUCUCUUUCGUCAUUCCUUUUCGCUCCACUGCCUACCUGCCUGGUCAUCCUGGAAACAUCCAUUGCCUUCCAUGUCAUACUUUGGUAUGCCACCUACUGGGCAUCUGGAGACAGGCAACUAUUGUAGUCCCAAGAGUUUUCCUAGCCUCCUCAUGAGGGAGAGCAGGCAACCUUGAACUGUCAUUUCCCCCAAAUUCACUUCAAGGAAACUUCUUGGCUGCACCUUUCCCUGAUACCACACUCCUAGAAAGUAGGCAGUCCUGUUCUUUUAAGAUGCUCCUUUUCUCCCUUGGAAAGGCAGACUUUUGGAUCAAAUAGAUGAUGUUAUUUUGGAGGUCAUGAUAAGUUGGAAAAUUAUUUGUUCAAUUUUUUUUUUAAGCCAGUAAAUCACUGUUUGUAAAAUAAAGGAAAUAGUUUCUCCCA